AAACUCUAACUUCCCCCUCUUUGCUCCUCUGUUCAUCCUUCCUUCUGUCUGUGCCGGCAGAGCAGGGUUGCCAUCAUGCAUGUGGACACUGUCUUUCUUGUCUGUCCUCUGUUUUUUGCAGCAGCCUUGUGGAGGGGAGUCCAGACUGUCUCUCCUGUGCCCUCAGUCCCUGAGCGUGUCCAAGCACUCGUGGGCUCCUGUGUGGUGAUUCCCUGCUCUUUCACUCCUCUAUCUCCUCGUCCUCCCAAGGGGAGGAAGGAGAAGGUCGAUGUCCGGCUGAGGUUCAGAGGUGGUGGCCGCUUCUUCCCUCUCCACAGCACCGCUUUUAACAGCGAGGACAGAGAUCAAGUGAGCAGGGAUUUCCAAGGCCGGACAUCCCUCUUUGGGCGAAUUGCAGAUGGAGACUGCUCAGUGAAGAUCGAAAGGAUCAGCCAGGAUGACUCACAGGUGUUUGAGAUCGCUCUAAAGAGAGGUGAUGACUUACUUUGGGGGAGGCCAAGGAGCUUCAAUCUGGAUGUUGUGGACACUCCCGAGGCUCCUGUCAUCAGCGGCAUGUUGUCAGCCACAGAGGGACAGCUGGUCACCCUGAACUGCUCCGUCAGCUAUCACUGUCCCUCCAGACCUCCUGACCUGCGGUGGAGCUGGGUUAGAGGACCCAAGCUGAACAGCACUGAGCCUGGGGAGGUUCAGACACUCCACCCAGGCUCCACAAGUGGAUGUUACUGGCCCCUCUGUCCUUUACUGUGUCGCACAAGGUGAAACCUAGACUCAGGUGUGAAGUUAGCUACCCAGGAGCCAAAAAACUGGCCACUUCAAAGGAUCUGCAUGUGACAUUUCCACCAAAAGAUGUAAUGGUUCAGGUCCAGUCCUUGACAGUGCAUGAGGGGGGCACUGCCUUGUUGGUCUGUUCAUGUAAAGCUGACCCGCCGGCGUCUGAGUACCGCUGGUCCUACAGUCAACAUGGCCGCACAGUGCACCUCCACCAGCGCACACACACAGUCCGGGUGUUCAACGUGACACGAGACAUGAAGGUCCGCUGCUCAGCACAUAACCUGAUUGGUCGAGGAGAGUCCAGGCCCACGCUGCUGAACAUACAAUAUAAACCAGUCAUCCUCCGGCUCUCCUCCACCUGUGUUACGGAGGAUUUGGAGGUGUUGUGUCACUGUUCAGUCGACUCCAACCCCAAACCAGCAGUCACCUGGAGUGUGAAUGGGACUGUUCCACCUCAUGAUUACAACGUGUCGGUAACAGCCGAGUCUGACAAGCUAACAGCUACUCUGAGCGGUCACAUGGACAAACCACAGACUGUGAUCUGCUUUGCUUUCAAUGCACUGGGAAAUGACUCCCUGAUGUUGCUGCAAGGAGGAAAAGAGACAGCACCUGUGUUGUGGUUGGUGAUACCCACUGUGGCCAUCUGCCUGGUGAUAUUCCUUAUAUCGCUUUUUUUCUACUGCUGCCGAAAGAGAGCUGGAAAACAUGUCCUGAGUAGACGCCCAGCUGUGUACCCUGAAGGAUUGGGAAUUUAUCAGGACCAGAUGCCCCUCUACAUUAACUGCACAGAAGUGACACAUAUCUACACCAACGGCAGCUACCAACUUGUAUACCAGAACUGCACACCUCUCUUUGUCCAUACUAAGCAGAUCCGUCCAAUGGGCAGAAGAGGUGGGGAGAGAAGAAGAGGAGGAGAAGGUGGCGGUAGAGACAGACGAGUGGGUUUGGGAGUCAGAGGCACAACAGAGGUGCAGGGUACUGCUGUAGCUGACGCAGAGACGGCCAUCUACUUGGAGAUCCUCUGAGCUCACUGUGGAGAAGUCACAUGAUUCUUCUGCUCCGUUAAACGCACAUUAAACUUCAGAUUGAUUCUCAUACCAAUGUUAAUGCACAGCUUAUGUAGCUUUCAGUGAUUGUAUAUAUUGUAAAUAAAUAUGUGUAUGUGAUCUCUUGAA